CACCAGGGUCGAGUAGGCUACGGCAUACAUAAGGUGUCCAGGUUCUUGGUCCUCUCGCAACCUCUCGCUCUGGUCACUUUCCUGGGAUCUCAGUGUCUUGCUUGAAUGUCUAGGAGACUUGCGGGUUCACACACCCUCCCGGAGAAUCCUGAAUGGCUUGAGUUCGAACGGUCCGAUGGGAACUCGAGCAACCUGCCCAAGAACACGAAACAGGUUGUAGAUGGCGAGGGUCAGGUCAACUUCAUGCGACCUGUGCCGUUGGACGAGGGCCUGGCUAUAGGUUGGCGUGUCGCCGUCGGCGCCCAGCUUGCCAUUCGCAUGGGGCUCCCAGAGGGGCGGAAAUACGUACUGAAGUCCUUCCCGGAUGGAUACCAACUCUACGACCAUAACAAGGGUCCUGUGAAGGCCCCACGGCACGACCCCUACUUGUGCGGGUCUUCGCACGUCAACCGAUUCCGCUCGACCAACGAGUUCAUACCACAUGCGCUAUGGCUCAUGCAAGAUCCUACCCUGAACCGCUCGAAUUGCUCCUGCAAGUACUGCACGAAACAGCCCCAGCGUAUUAUCUCGGACACCAUGGGUCUCAGCAGCGCUGGUGCCAGGCGCUCUGCGUCGGUGGCGGGCGCUCUCCCUCCAAGCGUCAAGGCUUCUCGGCCGCGCCGCGAGGUCAGGGAGACCAGGCAAGGGCGUGUCCCUCCGAAACCUUACGCAGCCGUCCGGCGCGCGCCCAAGCCACCGAAAGUCAUCAUCGGUCCAGAGCAAUACAUUCUCCCGGAACGCGACCUCGAUACCCGCGCGGCACUCAUAUCUGGAGAGAACCAACGACCUCGGUGGUUUAGGAAGGGCGAGCUACUCUGGUGCCACCUCGAGCCGUCAAUACGGGGACGUACGCCGGAUGAGGACAUCCAGUUUUGGCCCGCACUCGUCGAGGAUUUCCACGUCAAGUCGGAACCCAUUCUUCUUCCUUUGGACGGUGGUGCGCAGGACCCCGACAUGCAGUGUCUCUAUCAGGAGGCAGCAGACGAUAACCCAGCGCUCGGAGGCUCUACCGACAACCCUUCUCCUGCGGGAUCCUCGAGGGCAACGGAACCACCGCUUGAGGCUGAGGGCAAGGUGCCCUGGAAAGUGCAACAGUGGUAUGUCUACAAGAUGAAGCUCCUUGGCACGUCUCAACAUUGUCUGGUCACCGACGAGCAAGUGCUGCCUUAUCUUGCGUACGCGCCGUCAGACCAUCUGCUCGACCGCAUCCGGGAGGAUCUCUCCGACUUCUUGCAGACGAUAUCUAUAGACCAGAUGGACCGGGACAUAGAACUCAUGUCCACCUUCGAUCCAAUGGAGGUGACGCCCGAAGAUGGUGACCCUAUGGAGGCGUGGCCCGAGGACGGUAACCCGGAGCGCUACUACGAGAAGUACAAGCGCGCUACGGCGCCGUACACACUGGCCAUCCAGAUCGCCGCUAACGUCGCACAAUACUGGCUCCCCACAGACGAGUGGGAGUGCAAGUUCACCAUUCCUCCCCCCGGCGCUGCUUCCUCACCACCAUCAGAACCGUCCGCUUCUCAGGCGCCCCUCCCUCCUCCGUCGCAGAUCCCCGCCGAGUCAACCAGCCUCCACUCGCUUAUCACACAGUCACUCUCACAGAACGCGCAUCUCCCGACGAUGAAUGGCGCCUCAGGUCAGCAUGAGAGCAUCAGCACGCACGCACGGUUGCCGCGCUCCUCAACUCUUGCUGCGCAAACUGUCGUGCAGACACGCUUUCAGGGUCUGUGGUGGGGCACGGAACGCGUCUGGACGGACGAGCUUGUGCGGCUCAAGAUUGCGCGGUGCCAGUUCGCGCCGCAGGGCACGGAUAUGAUCUUCCCGCCCGCAGGCCCAUCCGCGUCGACGCUGGAGAGCAUGAAGGACAACCCGGAGGCCGUGGCCGCGGACCCGGAGCGACUGGGUGCGAGCGAGAAGGGGCUCUUCUUGAGGAUGGAGGGCCUGUUUGUUGUGGACGUGCCCAACGCGGAGGGGACGGGCCUCACGAGGGAGUGCCGGGCGAGCGGUAUGGUCUAUGAGCUUGCCGACGAUGACUGGGAGGACGCGGCACGAGCUGCGGAAGUGAACGGUAAGGGCAAGGGUAAGGAGAAGGCGGUAGACCUGCCGAAUGGUCAUAGCGAGCAUCUUGCGGAGGGCCCGAAUGGUGCGCCGCCAUUCAUGAUGCAACCAUCCCCCCUCAAACCCCCGCCGUUGCCAAAUCCCGAUCCUUCCAUUCCAAUGACCGAGACAGCAUCAGCAAUUCUCGCCCAGACAUCGCCAGAAGCGGCCGCCGUGGCGAAAGGCAAAGAGCAAGCUGUCAGUCUCAGCGUGCAACUCUCGCGCCCUGUACUGUCGGAGUCGUACCCACUACCUCCAGCCACGAAGGGGUUCCGAUUUCGCCCCAUCCUCCCUCCCGGCCACGAAGCCGUCGUCUCGCUGUCGCUGAUCAGCGGGAGAUACUUCCCAGGCCUCUUCCACCAUCCGCUCAUGGCGCCAACGGUCGCGCACGCGCUGUCGCUUUCUUCCGACGAGGGCGGACUGUACCAGCACCGACACCUGUGGGCUAUGGAGGGACUACUGCCGGGGAUCCACCAGUCCAUGGACCCGAGACAGUGGCGGAAGUCUCGGUUGACAAUGCUUCAGGAAGCGGACAGGGAGGCGCGAGACCGCUUCCGGGAACGGUGGGAGGAGACGAAGAUGGCGCGGCUGCAUCCGGGACGACCUGAGUGGGAAACAGGCGAGGGGAGCGCGGCGAUGGAGGUCGACUAGGCAGCGGUGUGCUUGACUACCACCGUAAUAGGUUGUGCUCUGUUGUGCUUUGACAGAUAUAGCGAACAAAAGCGUGGGCCGGCGUUGUGCUCUCAUCGUCGCGGGGCGCGGGGGCUAUAUGUAACCUGUAACCGAGUGUAAUGCGGUAUAGACUCGGUCAUUAUGCGCUUAUAGUUC